AUGGGGGACAAUUGGAUGCUCUUCGUUGAACCAGAUGGGGCUUCUGGCGGUUUUUCGAUGGAUUCAAUUGUGCCACAUGUUUCUGGGCAUUGGCUCUUCCAUGUUUCUUCAUUUGUUGACAAUUCAAGGUAUUUCUACGUCCCUGGUAGUUUGGCGCUUCAAGAAGCUUUCAAUUGCGUAUCAAAGUUUACAGGUACCCUACUGUUAUGGUUUGCUAGUGGGUCAAAUUCCCAUAUAAACAACAAAAUAUCAGGUGAUCAUAUUGGUUCUAGUUCCAGCUGUAAAGCUCCAGUGCAAGUAAAGCACGUUAAUUCUAAUAAGUAUGAUUUCUCGGGAUUUUUCUGGAAGUCCAGAUAUAAAGGUAAAUCUGCUGUCUCAGUGGUACUUGGCAAGAUAUCAAGGUUCACUCUGAAGCAACUAUUUAAAGAAGCCGAAUGGCUUCAGUCACUUCCAGUGCUUUCAUUAGCUGCCGCACUGGUACCUCCAUUUACUAAUGUCUCUUCACAGAGAUGCAUGGAUGGAAGGCCCGGCGAGGUUGAAACUCAGGGCUGUGGACCAUGCAGUGAAAUUUAUCUUCAGAAUUUAGCUUGGUCUAGUAAUGCAGUUGAGCCAAGAACUGGCAUUGAGUUCCCUACGGUGUUGGACAACAUAAUAACUGGGAAAAAUACCAGUUUUACUCCAGAGGUCCUUGUUGGAACUGGAUCUAGGACUAUGACCGUAAUCAGAAUCAAAUCUCUGAAACUCUAUGCAUUUGGUUUUUAUGUUCAUCCUUUUGAUGUCUGUGAGAAAUUGUGCCCAAAGUAUGCCUGCAUUCCGGAAUAUGAAUUGAAUAAACGCCAAGAUUUUUAUCAGGAUCUUCUCAGGGAGGAUAUUAACAUGACUGUUAGGCUUGUGGUUAGUUGCAACGGAAUCAAAAUAAGUACUGUGAGAGACGCUUUCGAGAAGUCUCUUCGAGCCCGAUUAAUUAGAACAAAUCCUGAUGCUGACCAUCACUGCUUGCACACAUUCGGUUCCAUAUUCUCACAAGAUAUUCCCUUACACGUGGGAACGACAAUCAAUUUCCAUCGUACAGCUGAUGGAAAACUAAUUACCGAAGUUGGAGGAAAUCUACUUGGGGCCGUCCAGAGCAAGGAUUUAUGCAGGGCUUUCUUUGACAUGUACAUAGGUGAUGUUCCUGUGUCUGAGCAAACAAAAGAAGAGAUAGGCAAAAAUGUGGCGAGUAUCAUUAGGACCCCGGAAACGGGCCCAGGCCUGCCAGCUCAGCUAGUUGCUGGCCAGACCUUGGCCAUGGCUGGAGUCGUGCCACCAAGAAUCCAUAGAUUGAGGCAAGCGAGGAUUCCAGCUAGAUUGGCCGAGCUGAACUCGGCAAGCUCCCCCAUCUCUUAUAGGAGGCCAGUUGGCCAUGUGGCCCCGUUCGUUUAG